AUGAAGAAGGAAAACAAUACAAACAUUCACACCACCGAAGAACCCAUUCGUUGGUAUCACCAUUAUAAACACAAUUUGCAACCGACCGAAAAUUUUCAUUCAUUGUUAUUGGGAUCAGAGAAUGUAUUGACACAUUCUCCGAUCUUGUUCAUGUUUGGAGGAACUGAGACAAAUUCAAGAUCGCACAAUAAUAAGAUUGUAAUUUUGGAAUUGCCAUCAAAUCCAAGAUUUAAAGUAGAGGAAGGAUUGGUCUGGAAGGAAAUUAUUCCGAAUGGAGCUGACCAACCAUGUGCUAGAGAAUAUCCAUGUAUUUCAUAUGAUAAACAACAUCAAUUGAUAUAUUUAUAUGGAGGACAUGUUAAUACGAUUGGUCAUUUGGAUGACUUGUGGACUUUUGAUUUGCAAACUAAAGUAUGGACCAAUAUUGUAACAAAGGGAAACCCUUGCAAAAGAUGUGGAUGUUCGGCUGUAUAUUCGAGUAGAGGAAAGUUUUAUGUAUAUGGAGGGUAUUGUGGAACGUACUUGAAUGAUUUCCAUGAGUUGGAUUUGGAAACUAGAGAAUGGACACAGCCGAAAUACUCACAUAAAGUCCCAACCUUAACAGUUAUUACUCCUAAUACCUAUAUAUCUGAAAAUGGAAUUACAAUAUUUGGUGGAUAUGAUUCAACUGGUUAUAUAACAGCCCUACAUGAUUUUAAUUUCAAUACUAGAGAGUGGAGCACACCCGUUUCUGAAUUACUUAAAACAAAUGGUUAUUCUUCAUACUCAAGGAGCAUUUGUUUGAGAGGAGCCAACAAACCUUAUCUAACAAGUGAAAGUUUUCUCAUUCUUUACGGUGAUAACGAUGUCUUCAAGAUAUAUGAAUAUGAUAAGAAUGAGAGAAUGCUCAUCAAUUACACAAUUCCAGAAGAAUUAGAACGUCAAUACACGACAUUUCAUGGCAAGGUAGUUUAUGAGCUAAAUGAUGACACUAUUGUGUUGCUUGGUUCUGAUGAGUUAUAUUUUAUGGCCGUAAGACGUAUUAAUUCUACAAAAGAUUUUGACUAUUUCUUUGGCAAUUUGAGGGAAAGGAGAAGUGCAUUUUCAGAUAUAUUCUUUGAUAUGAAUUGUGAAUAGAAUUCCUCAUUAAUCCUGUUAAUACAUUUUGUAUUCAAUUUCUAUC